AGGAGGGAAACAAAGCAUCAAAACAGAUUUGCUUGCCUUCGCCAUGUAAUUGUGCACUGGUGAUGGCCAAUGCCUUGCUGGAAGCGCUGAAGGCAUUUUCAACGUCCAGGUGGUGGGAGAUCGGCACUUCUCAAGAUCAGGAGCGCAAGAAACGUGGCAAACCGGCCGAUUUUCAAAAAGCAUGCGCCGAACGGCAUGAGGAGAUGCGGAAGGUCUACGAAUCUGCAAUGUCACAAGAUUCUGAACAACGCUGGUUGAGGAAAGUUAGCUCUGAUGGAACUUCCGCAGACAAAGUUGCAUCUUUGACCAUGUUGGUGCAGCUUUGUCCUGUGUUUUCGACGAACUACAUCAAAGCGCUUUUGGCGAUGGCUGCCCGAACGACCCGGAGUGAUUCAACCAUGGCCAUUGAUGCUCUAAAGGAGCUUUUCCAUGAUACACUCCUGCCCGACCGGAAGUUGAAGACUCUUGAUCAAAUGGAUCCAGUGUCUUCAAAAGGUCUAAAGAAGUCAACCUACACAGAGAUUUGUGUCGUUUGUUUCUUCGAGGACUACUUGAAGACUGCUUACGCCGCCUUUGUGCAGAUAGUGGCAGCCGCUGGGCACAACCAAGUUGUUUUCAUCAAGAACCGUGCUGUCAGAACGGCUUACGAACUUUUGAGUGCAAAGCCAGAACAAGAAAAGGCAUUGCUUGCGAUGUUGAUUAACAAGCUCGGCGAUUCCUCGAGCAAGGUGUCUUCGAACGUCGCUUGGUGCAUCAAGGAGCUUUUGAAGGAGCACCCAGGCAUGAAAAGCCCCGUGCUCAAGGAGGUUGAAGCCUUUGUGGCAAGACCCAACAUCACGCAGAGUUCCAAGUACUCCGCCCUUCUCCUCCUAUCAGAGGUUACAUUGAAUCGGAAGGAUGGGGAAGUGGCUUCGCAAAUGGUGCGGCUUUUCGUGGCACAGUUGGAGCUGGCACUGCGGAGGCCCAAGCUUAGCAAAAAGGAGUUCCAAAGGCGAAAGAAAGGCUGGGCACCGAAGAGGAAGAAAAAGGAACCUCUUCGAGAAGAAGACAAUCGCUUGGUGCGCACACUUAUCAAUGGCAUCCGCCGGGCCAUGCCGUAUUUAGAUGGAAUGAGUGGAACUCCUCUUCAGGAGGAGGCCAUCAAUGCACUUUACAAAGUGUGCCACACUGUGGCUGCCUUUUCAACGCGCGUCAGUAUUUUGGGCCUUCUGUACCGAGCACAUCGUUCGGGUGAUCCCCCCGACCGAUUCUACAGGCUGCUCUACGAGCAGCUGGGAAACUUUGAUUUCUUCACCAGCUCUCAUUCCUGGCAAGCAUUUAUGCUGCUUCAGAAGUGCGUGCCAGACGACUCCUCUUGUUCACGAGGAGCAGCAAUCGCACGACGACUGCUGCAGCUUGGCGUUGGCACAGAGCCAAUGGUGACAGUGGCUGCCCUGGGCGUGAUGCGAGAUCUCUUCGCAGCACGAAGGAUCGAGAUACAACCUUUGCUUCACUCCAUUGACUCCAAAGUCGCUGUGCCGGAAGAGGAGGGGCUGGCAGCAGAGGAAGAGCAUUUUGUGGACGAUGAUGUUGCUCAAGCAAGCGCUCAGAAGUCGGAGGAGCGAGGCUACGAUCCUUUGCAUCGUGAGCCGCGCUUUGCCCGAGCACGAGACACUCCAUUCUGGGAGCUGCAAGCCUUGUCGAGUCAUGUUCAUCCCAGUGUUGCGCACUAUGCACAGAAAUUGGUGCAUUCAGAAGUGUACCAGGAUCUCCCCUCCAAGCCGUUUGAUACGUUUUCCAUUUCGGAGCUGCUCGAGCAGUUUGCCUACCACUCUCGUGCCAAGCGAGACCGCAUGACGGGCAAGAAGGAGACCGCGAAACCUGUGACAAUGAACUCUGACACCUUCUUGAAGCGCAAGAGUGUCCAACCUCACCAGAGGUUCUUCAAGUCUUACUUCAGCGACCCCACCGUCCGAAAGGCCACGGAGCAAAAGAAAAAAGCCCGAACAAAGGACUUGGAUGACGUGGAUGAAGAAGAUGUCCAGGAGAAUCAAGUAGACGAGUUCUUCGAUGAAUACUUGAAGGGAGAAUUGAAGGACGUGGGUGAUGCCGAUGAGGACGAAGAUGACGACGACGAUGACGACGAGGAGGAAGAGGAUGAUGAUGCUGGAGAGGAUGACGGAGGUGAAGGUACUUCAGAGGAAAGUGAGGCUGGCAUGUUCUGCGACGCUGACGCGGACGAAGAAGAUGUGGUCAAAGAGCUGAAGGGAAAGAAGGAGCCCAGCAGAAAAAAAUUGAAAGAGCUCAAGAAGAAGCGGAAGGAAUCGUCCAUGUUUGCCUCGAUUGAAGACUACCAGCAGCUGCUGGAUCAGGAUGACCUCACAUGACUGCGAAAAAGGCCGUUUAACCAACUACGACGGG